GGAGGAGGCUAAGGUCACUUUCUGUGAGUUCGGUACUUAUGGAAAUCGCAUGUACCGAUGAAGUUAAAGUUUAUAAAGAUGAGGGAGAAGAGGAUGAGCAGAAGAAGUCUUCAGAAAACUUAACUGAAGACAAAGUUGGUCUGGUAAUUGAAGGUGAAGGCCAGUGUGCACAAAAGGGAGCAUUUAAUUUUGGAUUUCUAUCUCUAAAUGACUACUAUCAUUCGUUCUUUCCUCUACCCUUUGUCACUGGUUCUCCGUCGUCGUUCCCUGUUGCCGCUUCUCCAUAUGCUGCAGCGGCAGCAGCUAUGGCUGCAGCUGCCGCAGCCGCAGCUGCUGUUCACCAUCAACAAGGUCAAGAGACUCCACAUUCAUCGUCUUGCUGUCUACCAUUACCGCCAACAUCAUCUUCAGUGACGGCAGCUAGUCGGCUAGAUAACAACUUUGCCUUCCAACUAUCUACGACCACGACCACCAACACUACAACAGGAGCAAAGAAUACAUGUUCAUUACAACAACAGUCAACUGGUGGUGGCGGUAAUCAUCAUGAAGGUGUAGUAGUACCACCACCGUUAGGUUUAAGCACAGAUACUGGUGGUGUCCUACGAUGUCCUGAACUGUCAACAAAUCGGUCCUUUAAUGAUAAUCAUCAGAGCAAUUGUGUUUCACCGAUAUUGCCUCCAUUCGGUGCACUCACACCAUCCUUGAGUGCUUUUAUGGCUGGACCAUUCUACGGUGCUGCUUUACAAGCUGCCGCUGUAGCUGCUGCAGUUGUCUCAUCUGGUUCAUCUAGUCCUAAACUACAAUCCCCUCCUCAAUGGCCACCUCCGCCGCCACCACCGUCACUACACUCCCAACACCAACAACAACAACCACAACCAAGUAUCCCAUUAUCACUAUCACCUGUGCCUUUCAGAAUUCCUACACCGAAAUCUUCUUUAUGCUCUGCUUCUUCUUCUACUUCUGCUUGUUCUUCUUCUGCUGCACUAUCCAAUUUUACUACAGUUUAUGAUAAUUUAGCUGCUUCACAUGGAAAAUCAUCUUCGUCGUCAUCGUCGUCGUCGCCUUCAGUGAUAGCUGUAGCUGCCGCAGCUGCGGCUGCUGCUGCCGCUUUUACUCAUCAUCAUCAUCAGCAGCAGUCGUCGGCGUCGGCAUCAGCCUCACCAUUGACAUCACUGCCAUCGGUAUCAGCUUCGUCUACAUCAGCUGUUGCAGCUGCAGCAUUUCACUCAGAAUUGAUUAAAGCAGCGAAUUUAUACAAAAGUGGGAAUUCAAAUCAACGAUAUUAUCCAAACCAGAGUACAUGUCAUUCCCUUAUUCACGAUAAUCUAUCUCAAUGUCAAGUACAACGACCGCUGAAUACUUCUGAGCUUAUUCAUCACAUGCACAACUCCACUAAUACUAAUACUAAUAGUAAUAAUAACACUUUAAACAGUAGUAUGAUACAUCCAUCGUCAACAGGGUUACCGUCAUGUAAUUCUACGACUUCUGCACCGUCGCCUUCACUUAUCCCAUCUUUAAAUCAUUUCAACAUAUCAGCUGAUUCCUAUCAACAAAUGAAUUAUAAAAUUGAUGCUUCGAUGAAUAAUAAACACUUUUUAGAACUGCCUAACAUUGAGACGGAUAAACCGCUUUCGAAUCCUCUGUCAACUAUCCCAUUGAAUUCUUUCGGUGACAUUGGCUUACCGUAUGGUGGUGGUGGUGGUUGUCAAAGUCGAUUGACUUUUCCAACACCAACAUCAUCAUCAUCAUGGAUGGAGACCUCGGUGAAAUCAAGUCCUGACAGUAGUGGAAGUCAACAGAAUUCUGGUUUAUUUACCGACUGUUCUCAACGUGCCGCGGCGGCAGCGGCAGCCGCUGCAGCAGCUCAUGUUCACUUCUUGUCAAGUCUGGCUGUUGCUGCAGCUGCACAUUCAUCUGCUGCAUCUCCUCGGUCGUCUUCUCUACCGAAUAGUCUAUCGCCAAUACUAUCUCUGAAUGGAUCUGUUGAAUCAAGUAAUCAUCUACAGCAUUCCAUUUCUUCUCACUUGGAUAUACAAACACCAUCAGUGCCAACUAGCAGUAGUAGUAGUAAUACUAUAACUUCUCUCCAAGAACCAUUUACCUUCUCUGCUCCACAUUCAAAACUUCUGUUACCGCCGCAUACAACACAGCUACUUGAUGAAGAUGAUAUUGGCAUCUCUAUGCAUUAUAAUAAACCGUUUAAACCUAUCGGUGGUGGUGGUGGUGGUUUAUCUAGUGAUAUAUGUUCACCGCAUACUCUAUCUCGAAAAUCUGUCGAUCAUCCAGUAAUUAAAAAGCAUGCCAAUCAUAAUAAUAUUAAUAAUACAUGUUCCCCGAUCACAUCGAAUAUGAUCGCUUCACCACCGCUGCCUCUGCCGUCUUCAAUCCUACUGCCACCAUCGUCAACUGAUUAUUGUCCUAUGAUGAUUAAUUCAAGAUUUAAUUAUAACUUGCAAAGAAUUUCACCAGAAUUAGAACACCAACACAGUAGUGGUAGUGCCGGUCAGAUUUAUUCAACGUCAACUCCAACCCCUACUCCACGUGGUGGAAGAGGUGCUAGCAGCAAUAGUAGUAAUCAAUCCAGUGUAAUGAUGAAUACAAUCAAUAAGACUUCUUCUUCGAAUGCCCCUCUCAAAGUUGAUCCUACUCAUCCGCAUAACCAUCAUCCUCAUCACCAUCGAUCCACAAUAACGACGACGGCAACGUCGUCUACCACUAUCACUACUACUGCUACUAUGAAUACUUCUGUUAAAACGACUACUAACACUAGUAAUAGUAAUAAUAAUAAUAGUAAUGGGAAUAAUAAUACUAACAACUCAUCCACAACAACAACGAAACGUGUUCAUAUUAAAAAACCACUGAAUGCAUUUAUGCUAUUUAUGAAAGAUAUGCGUUCAAAAGUACAAGAAGAAUGUACACUGAAAGAAUCUGCAGCAAUUAAUCAAAUUCUUGGUAAGAAAUGGCAUGAAUUAUCACGUGAAAAACAAGCAAAAUAUUAUGAAAUGGCUAGAAAAGAAAAAGAAAUUCAUCAUCAGUUAUUUCCAGGUUGGUCAGCAAGAGAUAAUUAUGCAAUUCAUUCAAGACGUAAAAAGAAACGCAAGUUGGCAGCUGCUGCGGCCGCGGCAGCAGCAGUAGCAGUUCUAGGACAAUCCAAAUCUCAUUCAAACAGUGGUAAAUUAUUUAAUAAAUCAGGAUUAUUCCAUUUAUCUUCAGAAUCUGGCGGAGAUUUCGGUAAUUCUGACUCGACGGAUGAACGUGGCGGUUGUGGUGGUGGUGGCAGUAGUAGCCGACUAUCCCUGUUAACUGGUGCUGGUGGCGGUACCGCGAAUUCCACAGAUGUAAGUAGUGCUAAAAAAUGUCGUGCACGUUUUGGCUUGGAGCAUCAAAAUCGUUGGUGUAAACCUUGCAGACGAAAGAAAAAGUGUAUUCGUUUCUUAACAGAUGCUGAAUAUGAAGAAGACAAUAAUCUAUUGCCUAUCUCUCCUGUAUCAUCAUCAUCACCAAAUAUUGUCGCCAACUCGUCGAAGACUACAACACCGACUGUAGCAAUAACGGCAGCAGCGGCGGCAGCAGUUAACUCAACCGUGACAACACAGACAAAUUUACCGCAUUAUUGUCCUAUAAAUCAAUUCCCAACAUCAUUACCAUCAUCAUCUAAUGGUGAGGUGGUGGUCAGCUGCUUGAAUAUGCUAAGCGGUGAUCCGGGUAGUAGUAGUCUAUGGACAAACUAUCCUCCUAAUAUGCUACAUCAUCACCCUCUCUCUUUGAAUAAUAAUAAUGAUUCAACUGGGCAUGAUGCUAUCAAUGAACGUUUACUGGCUUACAGGUCAAGAAAUUCGCAUAGUAUCGCUGAUCUUACAACUCCUACAAGUACAACAGUCUCAUCGAUGACAACUGUUCAACUUGAUGAUAAUAACGGUGACGGUGGUCAUUCUUGUAGUCGUCGACCUGAAAAAUCCUUUAAAAGAAAUUCAUUUAGCAAGAAUAAUAUGCUAUCGUCUUGUGAAUCAUUGAAUAAAAAUAAUAAUUGGUCAUCCGUAUAUAAAAAUUCAGUUUAUCCGUUAGUUGAAAAUCCUUCGUCUUCGUCUUCUACAGCGGCUACACUGAAAUCGAAUCUUUUACUUCUUCAGGAUACUUUUAAACCAGCGAAAAUAUCACCUUCAUCAUCUCCACAACCGCCGCCACCACUACCAGCGUUACCCUCUGCUGCUGCCGCGUCUGGUAGUCUACUUUCUGCGCCUAUUCCUACAUCACCGCAGCCGCCGCCACCGUCGCCGUUGCCUAUCCAUCUUCCAAUGUCUACAUCAUCUGAUGAAGAUGUGAAUUACUGUCGAUCAUCAACACUUCUGAAUCCUUCGUAUAAUAAUAAUAAUCAUGAAAAGUGUUCUAAGGCAGUGACAUCCUGCAGUAGUACCACUACUACUACUCCUUCUUCUUCGUCUACUGCUACUACGACUGGUAUUCAUGCCUCAUCAUCGAUUAUUAGUGCUGCUAGAGGUAAUACUAUAAUUGGCUGUUCCACUGUUGAUAUAUUUUGUAAGCCUGAAGGUGAUUAGGUGAUUAGUCGGAAGGCAAGAAUGUCAUUUCACAUCACUUAUUCAGCGCUGGGAAGUAAUCAUUUUGGAAUUCCUCUUUUUUUUGUUCUUCUUCUCCUGUUUGUGUCUCUUGCGGGUUUCCAUUCAAAUCGCCUUCUCUUUUUUUUCUCUCAAAUCGUCACUAGUAUUGCCACUGAUAAUAUUACUAAUAUUAUUAUUACUAUUAUUAAUAUAUAAUCAACCUAAUUACAAUUUAAAAAAACUGGUUUAUAUUUUCAUUUAUUUAAUAUAUACUUAUUGAUUUAUUGAUUUAUUUAUUCAUAAUAUUAAUAUGGUCAUUAUUUCUGCUCCACCGGUUCUGUUUUCUUGUUUGUAUUUUCACAUCAUCAUCAUCAUCAUCAUCAUCACGAUACUCCUACUGCUGUUGCUAUUAUCACUAACUAAAUAACUGACGAAACUAAUCAAAUUUUAUUGAUUUCAGCCUGUGUGUGUGUUUUUUUCUUUGCUGGGCAUCUUUUUGGCCCCGUUUUAUUUUCCUCGACAUCACAUCAUCUUCAUUUGUCUGUCUGUCUGUCUAUCUCUCUAUUGAUUUUCGUUGCCUUGUCGGAGAGAGUUACUUUUUUACCUGCCCGCCCGCCCGCCUACGCAUCCGUCCAGUUUAUUCGCGCCUUUGUUGGAACAGUUAGCGCCAUUCUCUCUGUGUGAAGAGAGAAGAUCCUUGUAUGUGUUUGAGUCUGAGGGCGAGAGUAGGUGGGUGUCUGUUUGUCUGUCUGUCUGUCUGCCUGCUUGAACUUGUUAUUCUGUGAUUAUCCGUCUCACUGACUCACCAUCGACUGUGCUUGCGUGUCAUUCAACUUUCCUUUUUUCUCUUUUUCCAUUAUUUGAAUAAUACAAAAAAACUGCCGGUUUUGAACUGUCUUCACAACGACGCCGACGAUUACGCCGACAACUAUUACUGCUGAUCAUGAGGAUUGCUUAUGCGCAAUGCAAUUAGUAUUGCGUAAAUCAUAUUGAUUUCAUGAUAUUGUGUGUUUAUUGUUAUUCUCUAUCCUUUGUUCUGUCCUGGUGUACUCAUCAUUACGUAAUAUACACAGAUAUUAUAUUCAUCAUGAUGGAUCGAGGUGGGGAGUGCGGGUGGUUGGGAUAAAUUGUUCAAAGUGGAAAAAUCAAACUCACUCAUUGUGUAUAUUUUGAUCCGUGUAUUGGCAUUUUUGUCUUUUCUUUUUCAGCGUAUGUUUAGCGUUACACAGUGUUGUUAUUAUUCCACCUGUUAUUUUCCGACGAAACUGUCAUAUACUGCUGACAAAUAUUAUAUAUACAACAUAUGCUGUUUGUUAAUUAAUAAUUAUGUCUAAAGUGUAUUUACUCCACACUCCUUGCUUGCUUGCUUGCCUACCUGCUUACUUACUUAUUUACUUGCCUACUUAAUUGCCCCACUGAUUUCCUUCAUUCACGUGUAAAUAAACUCUCAUGUGCGCUUUGUCCUCUACUGUUUGUUGCCUUGCCUCCUUGUUGCCCCCCCCCUCUUCCUACUAUUACCACCACCACCACGACUAAUAAUACUACUGCUACCGGGGCUGCUUCUUCGCCUGCCUCCUUCAGUGUGUACGAUCCCUGGUCUUUUUCCGGCUCUUUUCUUUUUAUCUUAUUCUAAUUUGUGCGCCAUUAUGUAUACUUCCCCACCCACCCCCGCCCAAACACACGCACACGUCCUCAUUUUCUGAUUAGGUACUAUUUUAUCCACCCCACCCCCUAACGCGCCGCCCCCCCCCGCCACCACCCUCUUGCCGUCUUCAUCUUUUGUAUUCUUUAGUGUGUGUGUGCACGCAAAGAGGCAAACGGAGAAAGAGCAGCUAAAUGACUGUCCGUCAGUCGGUGCGGUGUGCGGUGUGUGUUUGUGUGUUGAAUAGAAUAAUCAAGAACUUCUUCGGUGCGCGUGCGCACACACUCAUACACACAUCCAUAUACACACGCGUGCGUAUAUAUGUUACUGUGUUUAACUUGUAAUUUCUUUCUUUCUUUUUUUAUAUAUAGUUGGUUUAUUUUUAUGCAAUAUAAUACAAUCCUGAAGUGAUGAUUAUGUAAUAUUAAUAAUAAUAAUAGUAAUAAUAAUAAUAAUAAUAUUAAUAGGCCAAUUUAUCUUCAUGCAAUUUCAAUAUAUGAUGAUGAUAAUAAUAAUAAUUAUUAUUAUUAAUAACAAUAUUAACGGUAAUAAUAAAAUAGCCC